AUGAUGAUGAUGGGCCGUGUGAUGUGUGUGUUGGCCGUUGUGCUGUGCUGCACCUGCGGGUAUACCAUGGCGGCUGCUGCUGCUGCUGUUGAUGUGGAGUGGGAUGAUUUUCUUAAUGAUACAAGCAAUAAGUAUAAGAAGUGCAAGGAAGAUCCCAAUCAUAAAGUUGAUGGAAUAAACUGUGAGGAAUUUGGAUUCGCUCCGAAGGCUGAAAAAACACCUCUAACACUGCCUCCCACGAGAAAUGAAGCGGAGGCACGCCCCACCAUUGGAAGAGGUGGUGAUGACACUGAAUCGCAAGCUGCAGAGGGAAUUGAUCGACAAGGCCAACAGCCAGGAUCGAAUCCAACAAGAACAGAAAACGAUGCGGGAGAACGUGAACCGGAACCAACAGAAUCAUCGAAAAGACCUGGUAACGUUGAGGUGCCACAAGGUGAACAAGGAGCAUCGAGCAGCACAGAUGAUAACAGUACAGCUGGCAACUCCAAUGCUACCCAGCAACAAUCUCCUGUAACUGUUAAUACGACUGCCACAUCAGGCACACAUGAAACCAAUUCCACUACUCCCCAGAGUCCCGAGAGCAAUGUCACUGAUGCACCAACCACCACUCCAUCUCCUGUUCCUGUAACCGACACACAAAUCAGCAACAUCACCUCCGCAUUACAGAACAGACCCAAUGUUGACAGCAGUAUCAGUCCUGUGUGGAUGCGCAAUGCAGCACCGCUGUUGAUUGUGGCUGUGUUGUUCUCCGCUACCGUGUACUGA